UACGUGGCUCAACCCGACCCGAAUGGCAACCUCGCUUCAUCAAAUCGAAUACUCGCUGCGUCGUGACGAGAAAAGAAAAGGGGGCUGAAAUGAUGUCCUUCGUCAGGCUUUUCCCCUCCCCUCGCUUCAUCUCCCCUCUCUCUUCACCCCCUCUCCUCCGCCGCCGUUUAAGCUCUCCUCGCAGCAAUCUCUCUGUCUCCUCCGCCGUCACCCCCGCCGCUUCCCCGGGGGCCGAAGAGAUGGUUUCGACAUCUCAGAGGACUUUGAAAAGUUGGAAGCCCAUGUGUCUUUACUACACCCAGGGAAAAUGCACUCUUAUGGAUGAUGAAGUACACCUUGAGAAAUUCAAUCACAGUUAUUUAUCAGACCUUCAAGCGAAUGAUUCUGAUGUCAGUAACUUGAAGAGUCAAGAUUUAGAUUACAUUUUAGUCCUUGAUUUGGAGGGAAAAGUUGAAAUCCUUGAAUUUCCCAUUGUGAUGAUUGACUGCAGGACAAUGGAAUUUGUUGAUUCAUUUCACAGGUUUGUGAGACCAACUGAAAUGGGUCAGCAAAGAAUAAAUGAGUAUAUUAAAGGGAAAUAUGGAAAAUUUGGAAUUGAUAGAGUAUGGCAUGAUACAGCUAUCCCAUUCAAAGAUGUAAUCAUGGAGUUUGAGACAUGGGUGAGCAAUCAUCAUUUGUGGAAGAAAGAAUCUGAAGGCCCCCUACAUGGAGCUGCGUUUGUAACUUGUGGUAAUUGGGAUAUAAAGACGAAGAUCCCUCAACAAUGCAAAGUUUCCAAAAUGAAGAUUCCUCCAUACUUCAUGGAGUGGAUCAAUCUGAAGGACGUUUACCUGAAUUUUUACAAUAGAAGGGCAACAGGGAUGAUGACAAUGAUGAGAGAACUAGAGAUUCCAGUAUUUGGUAGUCACCAUCUCGGGAUUGAUGACACUAAAAAUAUAGCAAGAGUUGUUCAGCGCCUCCUCAGUGAUGGUGCUCUCUUGAAGAUCACAGCAAGAAGGAUUUCCUCUGACCCAGGUGAUGUGAAAUUUCUAUUUAAGAAUAGAAUCAGAUGAUGUUGUCCGAUUUCCUAGUAACGGAGCCUAGUUGUUGAGAGAGAUUGAAGAAUGCAACAAAUUUCCUCUGACCCAGGUGAUGUGAAAUUUCUAUUUAAGAAUAGAAUCAGAUGAUGUUGUCCGAUUUCCUAGUAACGGAGCCUAGUUGUUGAGAGAGAUUGAAGAAUGCAACAAAUUUCCUCUGACCCAGGUGAUGUGAAAUUUCUAUUUAAGAAUAGAAUCAGAUGAUGUUGUCCGAUUUCCUAGUAACGGAGCCUAGUUGUUGAGAGAGAUUGAAGAAUGCAACAAAUUUCCUCUGACCCAGGUGAUGUGAAAUUUCUAUUCAAGAAUAGAAUCAGAUGAUGUUGUCCGAUUUCUAGUAACAGAGCCUAGUUGUUGAGAGAUAUUGAAGAAUGCAACGACUCCCUUAAAUGUAUAUUACUUCAUUGUGCUAAGCUGAGUUCAACAGCAUUCCAGCGCAGUCCCAUUAUAAUAGGAUAUUUAGGAUCUUAUUAACUUGUGUGCUGUCAUUAUAGAGCAACCAGUUGCAGUCUGACUCACUGAGCAUAACCGCUACCUAUACGUCUUUCUUACAUGAGCAACGAUUGAUCUUCAUCAGUUACAGCUUCUACUAAUAGGAAACGCAGGCCACAUGUUAUGGACUUCGGUUGGUUACUACGGUCCCCUCGUUGAGGUUUCAUUGUCUUGCCUCUCCGCAGUCGAGAGAGAGAGAGAGAGAGACGACAUCAGUAUAAGUUCAGGCAACCUGACGGGCACUAGAAUUUCAGCAUGCUUGCUAAUCUUGUAUUGAAAGGAACUUGACAUUGCCAGUCUGUUUCUGAGAAACAGGUGUGCUCUUAUUAGAGUUUCUUCCCCAUA